AUGGCAAGGGUGAUAUCUUUGUUGCUUUGUUUUGUUCUAUUGGCGUCACUGGCGCUCGUCGACGCUGGCAAGAAGAAACAAAAGGGCCAUUCGUAUCCAGUUCCGCAGAAGGUCAUCAUCUUACAAGCCGGACCUAGUGCCACCUACCCCUGGGUAGGACACUGCCCACCCAAGGGUAAAUGCAAGCAUUUCUACAAAAUCGCCCGACCUCCGUUUCCUUCCUUCCUGCCACCAGCUCCUCGUCUACCUUACUACGCUCCGGUUCAAUACGCUCCGGCGCCAUAUUCGGCUCCAGUUUACACUCCACAGGCUCCCCUUUAUUCUCAACCCGAGCCCGUUUACUCUCAACAACCCGAGCCCGUUUACCCUCAACAAUCAGCGCCCGUUUAUGCCCAGCAACCCGAACCCAUUUACCCACAACAAUCUGAACCCUAUGCCCAGCAACCCGAACCCGUUUACCCCCAACAAUCUGAACCCGUUUACCCUCAACAAUCCGAGCCCGUUUACCCCCAACAAUCUGAGCCCGUUUAUGCCCAGCAAUCGGAGCCCGUUUAUUCUCAACCAGCUCCCGUUUAUUCUCAACCAGCUCCCGUUUACUCCGAACAAGCGGAGUACGUUCAGUCUGAACCUGCUCCAGCUUAUUCGCAGCCGGGUCCAGUAGAUUCCGCACCGGCUCAAGCUCCUUCCGAAUAUUCCGCUGCGCAAUCCUUUUCCGAAUCUGUCAUCCCCGCCUAUUCUCAAUCGGAAACGGUGCCAGAUCUACCAAAGGCCAAUUUCGCUAUUCAAGAAGUAUCCGCUCCGGAAUUCAAUUACGGCUCUGGAUCGUCUGACAUUGGCUCCAGCGAAUCCCAGUCUUAUUCGGAAGGAUCUCGCGUCCCUACAUACUCCGGUCCGGAAUCCUAUCCUGUAGCUGAAAUUGAAACGGUGCCCGUCGAAGAAGCGGCCUACGUUCCGACAGAACCAACAGGUUAUUCCGGUUCAUCCAGCGGAGAGAUUCAACAGGAAAUCGUCCAAUACGUCGAACAGCCAGCGUUGGAAAACGCCCAGCAAAUCGACAAUUACCAACAACAAGAUCCGGAAUUGACGGAAUUUUUCAAUGAUCCCAUCUUUCAACAUGAUGCCUACGCGAAUAUCGUUCCGUCCGAAGCGCCUCAGCCGGACGUUUACCAGCAAGAGGACGCAUCGUUCCAGCCAACGGACCAAGCCGACAACUACGGCGAACGGAUACGGCCACGAGGAGGUCGUCGCUAAACGUUCCAGCACGCCAUUCAAACAACAAAAAAUAUCAGCAUUUUCUAAGAGAUUCAUCAUUCUAAAUAGUUUAGAUACGUUCAUUGCAAUAACAACAAAAUGAGGUGAUCGUAAGACGAGGCUCAUUACGGUCACGCGAAAAGAAAAAAAAAAUUAUAACGUGAUUUACAUGGGGGCCUUUCAUUCACAAACUGUCUAAACAUGGAACAACAUUUCACGCAGCUCUUCCAUCAUUUUUUUUUUUGUUUCUCCCCGCUCACCUUGAUUUCUAAUUUCCUGUUUUGAAUUCUUUUGUUAAACGAGUGCUUCAUUGUUUUGUGUUAACAUGUUUUUGUUUUUUUUGUGUGAUGCAGCUGGAUUCCUGCGUCGAUAGCGCACGAACGCUUUCCUUCUUUCGCGUGUGUUAUCCAUUAAAAAAAAAAGGAAUACAACUCGAUAAAAAAUAA